UCCGGUUCCAGGGCGAAGUUGGCGAGGCCCGGCGCUGGAACGGGCAGUCGGCAGCCGCCGCUGAUUUGAAUGCGGCCGCCGGCGGAGUAGGAGGCAGGACGGCUGCUGGUGGAGGCGAGGCGACGUCCCGGUUCACGCUCGGGCUCUGAGCCGCCACUGGGGGCCGGCGGGAAGGAGAUGGCGAGGAACACGCUGUCCAACCGGUUCCGCAAAGUCGACAUCGACGAGUACGACGAGAACAAGUUCGUGGACGAGCAGGAGGAGGCGGCCGAGCAGCAGGGCCCCGACUCCGGGGAGGUGGAUGGCUUCAUCAGGCAAGGUGACAUGCUUAGUGCGUUACAUGCAGCUUUAAGGAACCCUCCCGUUAACAUGAAGAAUCAGGCAGUCAAGGAACGGGCACAGGGAAUAGUUCUCAAAGUCCUUACGUCCUUUAAAAGUAGUGAAAUAGAACCGGCAGUAAAGUCGUUAGAUAGAAAUGAUGUUGACCUUUUAAUGAAAUACAUUUAUAAAGGCUUUGAAAAACCCACAGAAAACAGCAGUGCGAUAUUAUUGCAGUGGCAUGAAAAGGCGUUAGCAGUGGGUGGAGUAGGCUGCAUAGUACGAGUUCUCACUGCGAGAAAAACUGUUUGAAAAGUAAUACAUUCACAUGGAUGGAAAGCUGCUGAAAAGUAGGAGGAAUGAACAGCGAAAGAGAAAUAUCUGAACCCAUCUUUAAAGAUUAAUUCAUAUUAAAUGAAAUUAUUUUGAAAAAAAAACUGUUGGAAUGCUCUUUUUAUCUUAAUAGGUUGUGGUGGAAAAUUUGUUAUGUUUUGGCCAAGUAUGACAUGCAAGGUCUUGCACAUCCUACGUUUUUUUUUGACCAUUUUUGCUUUUAUCUUUUGAAAAUGUUUUGAAGCCAAAUAGUGACUAAUAAAGACACAUUCACACAAUGGGAAAACAGUGCUAAGACAUUGUAGUGUUUGUGUUGUGGAGUUUUAGGGAUUUUUAUCCAGAAUUGUUUGUGCCACGGAGUACUGGUGGACUAAGACUUCAGUGUUGGUACAUGCAGUAUUAUGUUCUAUUUCUUUGGGUCACUUCCACUUUUGUUUUUGUUUGUACAGUUAGGUAGACUUAGUCUGAGACGUAUGGCAAUAUUAUUAGCUGAAAUGCCAGCAAUGGAUUCAUUGUAAAGUGCCUGCUGCAAAAUAAAAUUGGAUCUUUUUAGUGGAUAGCUUUUGUAUCAUAAUGCAACAAAAAAUUGUUUGAUUUGAAGGAAGCAGUGGGGAAAAAUGCCUACUGGAUGUAUUAAAUAAUUCUAUGCUGGAGUAAAUGCACCCUUGGGAGUAUCAUGAAUAACUUUCUUGGCUUAAAUUUAAUUUUAAUUUGAAACAAAAAAUAAGAAUUUUAAACUAAGUUGGUGGUGGCCAUUUCGUACUGAUAAUGCAUUGAACUGGCACUGAAGUGCAUUGCUCAGAAUACUGGCUGAGACGAGAAAUAAAAAUGUUACUCUGCUGUAGUGUGGUGGCUUUGGUCACCCUUAUAUAGAGGUGAUUUUUAUGACAAUUACCUCUUCUCUAUAUCUGAGUGGGAAAAAAAUAUGUUUACUAAAAGUUUUUCCAACAGAUUCAGUGGGGAAUUCUAGGAAACAUUUUGCUUCAGCUGUAUGUGUAUUGCAUUUGUAGGCAUAACUUUGCUGUUCCAAAAAUGUAUUAAAACUAUAAAUUGGUUGAAUUGUGUAUCGUGAAAAAGGACAGUGGCCUUUACAUGUUUAUUCCAUUGAGAUGAUACACCCUUCUGCAAGUUCUGUAUUCCUUCACUUCUUUUCAGCUACCCUGUAUUCAGUUGAAAUUGGCUGUACAUUUAACUUAAGGCACAGAGGAAAACUUUCUGCCUUCUUUGGUAAACUUUAAUUUAAAUCUGCCUCACCCUGCCAGUGGGGAAUGCUGCUGAACUAAUACUUCUCAUCGUAAACUGCAAACCAGCUGGACUGGUUUCAAAGCCAUGCACAUUGACAUCAGAGAGUCCCUUUGUUUUUGUUUAAGAGAAACCAUUUCAAUCAUUGCUUCCCAAGCACCUGUGCUGUAUGCAGGUUAAUGGUGUUGGCUUAUCAAACCCGGUUUGAGAAUGACUGGCCUCUUUCUUAGGAAUAGCAACUCUAUACACCCUCCUGAAACCUUUGCUGUCUCCGUACAACCCAUGUUUUUGAUCACUCCUCAUCUGCUUUGGCUCGGUGUUUUACUUUGUCCAGUUAUACCAAUGAAGCACCUUCGAUUGUCUUUCUACAUUAAAGGCACUAUUAAAAAUGAAA